AUGUAUAAAGUUUAUGAACAUUUUGGAAUUAGUAAAGUACUAUGGCUUAUAAUUUUAACUAUCUGUGUUUCAAUAAUUGCUAGUGAUAAAAGUGAUAGAAAAAAUGUGAUUUUAGGAAAAAAUUUAGAUAUUGUCCUAUUUAACAAGGAAAAGACAGACGAAGGUCGAGAACAGGGUGUUACGUGUACAGAUUGUAAAGUUUUUCACCCACAAAAUGAUGCAAACUCAAAGAAAAUUAGGCACAGUCGUCAUAAAAUUCAACAUAAUGAAAGAAAAAUUACUGAGAGAAUUAAGAAAACACAGGUCAAUACAAGUCGGGGCAAAUCACCAUUGCAUAUUUUAUUUCGGAUAUCUGUGAAUGGCAAGAAGACUCGUGAGUGGAUAACAUCUUCGGAAAAUGAUUUCGAUGACUUUAGUUUUGAAGAUGAUCUCAAAGAGAAACCAGUAUCCAAAGCAGGCUUGGGCGAGCACAGGGCGAUUCCAUCAGGAAGAAGAAAGAAAGACAAAGAUAAACAUACUAAUCAUUUACAAAAAGACCAAGAUGAUUUUGUGUUCCUUGAUGACAAAGAGACUAAGUCGGAAAAGAUUUUAAAAGGUUCUUCACUAGAUUACUUUAAUAUAGAGCCUUACAAACCUUUCAGACGAUUGGAUAAUGUGGAACAGAAGUUCGUAAAUAGAAUACAAGGACCUAUGAGGUCUUUGAUAAGAUCUAUGGAUGUAGUGGUUGAUAAAAUUAGUUGGAGAGCAGACCAGGCUAUGGAAGUGACGCAACACGCCUAUAAUAGUACAAGAUUUGUAAUGAUGAAUGGUGUUCGAGAAUUAUUACAAGACAUUAUCAGUAGUAAUAACAUAGUAUAUGGUUCAGUUCUAGAUGUAACAAAACUUACACGGAAUAUUUAUAUACGUUCACAUCAGCGACAGAAAGAUAAUCAACCUCGUUUUAACACUGAAACUUCAAGACAAUACCUAAACAAUGGUCAAACGUUUCAAAAUCUUUCUCGUGAAUUUAGAAACUACCAGAAACUAUUUGAUGAUGUAAAGAUGAUGAAAAUGAAGAGUCAACAGUUAGCAGAUCGUCUUCGCCAAAUAAAAGAAAAUCUAGGAGAUACUUUUGAACAGAACCAAUUGAUUGAUAUAAUAUACAUAGCAAACCAGACAAGACUGAAAUUAGAAUCUGAGUUUAAGAAGUCUGUUAUUUUAAGAAGACAUGACCGCUAUCGGAACUUAGUAACGGAUGUACAGAUGUUAUUAACUGCUAGUAAAAUGCAACUAAGAGAUGCUAGAGAUGUUAUAAGAACUGCCACAAUAAAUACCAGAGGUAAUUUGAUCGCAUCCCAAGACAGAAAGAGAAAGCGAACAGUGAGUGGGGUUGAUGGUGGUUUGUUGGCUCCAGUCUCUCUGGUAGUUCAAUCUGACGCUCCUGUAACUGACAGGAUAACAUUAUCAAACGAUGUAAAUGAAUUAAUAUCAAAGUCAAAGAAACAUGCUAAAAAGUUGGAAGAAAUAUCAAAAUAUGCUGAAAGGUUGUUGACACCAUUGAUACGGAUGGGUGAAAAUGUCGAUCUAAAGAAUAUGAGAAAACAAUCAGGUUCUGUCGGUGGAUUAACUCGACAUAUUAUACUUACAAUGAAGAAACUAUAUGAAGUAAUUGCUAUGAUCAGUUAUGAAAUAGAAUAUGAUGCCGAGUUUUACAUCCCUUGUAUAUAUAGAGACAGUGUAGGUGACGAUUGUAAUGAUAUGAUAUUUGGAAGUGGAGGCGGUGCUAUGGAAGGAUCGGGAGAUAUGGAUAUUGAUAGUAAUGAGCCUAUUGAUAUGGAAUUUGAUUUUGAAGGGGAUAUGGAAACAAAAGAAGACGAAAACAGGCAUAAAAUUCUAAGAGAAUUUGGGAACAAACUUCACCAAGUGAGUGCCUCGAGAAAACAGUCUUCUUUAGAUUUGUUACAGUCUGCUGAUUCUGCUCGUCGGAACGUUAAAGAAAAGAGUAAAGUUUGGGAAAAUACCAAAGUGAAUCUUGAAAUCUCCAACAACUUUAUUAGAGAAUUCAAAUCAUUCAAUAAAACAUAUGAAACAGAGCUUUCUAGAUUUCUUCGUAUACAUACAACUGUGUUAGCUAAAACUACUGUAAUAAACAAGCAAGUAGAAUCCAUACAGAGUCAAUGUCAACAAGCAAUUGAAAAGGCUGAAAAGAAAGUUAAAGAAAUGCAGUCUAAAAAGAGUGGUAAAAGUGCUGAUGGUGAUAAUGGCAAUGUUGAUACUGGUGCCGAAGGCGCUUUCACUUCUACUAUUACGAAAGUUUCUUUGGCAAAAGAUGAAAUAAAAUCCUAUCAACAACUGCGGCGAGAAGCUCCAGUAGAAUGUGAAAAUGUUCAGGAUAGAAUUAGAAAGAUGAGAUCGGAUAUUGCUCAGUUAAAAGAAAAGGUUAACAAAGCAAGAUUCGUUUUAUCUUCUCUACAGUUACCAGUAACGGUUGACAAUACAAAUUAUAUAAAGAGUAAUAUAGAAGGUAGAUCAGAUGAAUUAUCAAUGGUAACAUCAAUAGAAGUGUGUAUCAAACCAACUGUAGCUGAUGGUAUUAUAGUGGUGCUCAAGGGUGAUCAAUCAGUUACAUUGAGAAUGGAAUAUGGGAAACUACUGAUUCAAAUAAAGAGAGAGGAUACGGACAUUGGCGACUUAAGUUCCGACCAAACACUGGAGCUCGAAAAAUGGUAUACUGUCAAAUUUAAGAGAAUUGGUCAUCAUUUGACUUUGUCUGUAACCUCUGUUGUGAACGGUGCUGUUGAAACCAACAAUGUAACUAAGAGUUUGGAGACACUUGAAGUACUUGGAAGUGAUCCGGAAGAAGUUUAUAUUGGAGGAGAUCCCACACUUAAAAAUUUCUUUGGAACAUCAACUCCAUCAAUAGAGUGGGCUGGUUGUAUCUCAUCAUUACUAGUCAAUGGUAACCAUGUACCAUUAUAUCUUAAAACAAGUAGUGAUACUAUUCAAACUUGUGAUACUCAUUGUUAUCCACAAUAUAACUCGAUAGAAAAUAUGAGAUUUGAAGGUGAUGGUUUUAUAGAGUUUCCCGCUAAAAUAUUGGAUCGUACACAAGUUACCAAUGUAUCACUAGAAUUUAAAACUAAACAAGAAUCAGUUUUUAUAAUGUCUGUAUUUCAUGCUCCAAGGAGAUUUCAGCUGGAAGUAGCGCUGUCUAAAGGAAGGUUGAGGAUACACACAACAACAACACGAGAAUCAAGUUUAUUAGAAACACAAAAACUAGUCAAUAAUGACCAGUUUCACAAACUGAGGAUAGAGUAUAGAGGCGGUACAACCUACCCUUUCCUAGAUGGUAUAGAAGGUUUAUUCUCUAUAAAACAACAGAGACGUCAGCAGAUUAACCGAGAUGGAAUAUUAUUAGGUGGUUAUAAUGGACAAGAACCGACUGACCAACUCUCAUAUCCAAGUCUAAUUGGAUGUUUAAAGAAUGUACAGAUUAAUAAUAAUGUAAUAAAUGUAUUUGAAGUAAACGAUUAUAGAAAUAUUAAUCUAGGACACUGUUUACCUCAAGCUGUGUGGGGUAAUUGUGUGGAAUUUAGCGAAUGGAGUUCUCCUGUUGUGUUCAAUGAUUUAACAGAAGUAUAUUUUGUUGCAAUAACUAUAAAAAGAAACUCCAAAGGGCCAUUACUACAUUUUACUAAAGAUUCGAAGUUUGAUCUUAAAGUAUCGGUAGCAGAUAAUGAAUUAGAUAUAUUGGAAACAUUAACAACAUUUGAGGAUAAAAUCGAAUUUCCGUCAAAUAAGACGUUUGUCCGGUUAGUCAUACAAGAUGAUGCCGAUGAGGAAGUUGUAAAGAUUGGUAUAUUAGAGAUAGAAGAUGGAGUAAGAAGUAUCAGCUAUAGUAGUGAUGAUGCAGGUUGGUUUGCGACAGUUGAAGUUGAUAAAAGUACCAAAUACUCAUUAAGUCUAGGCCAAGAAAUUGAUGAUACAAACAGUCAAUUUGUUGGUGGUGUAACAGAUUUUAUAUUCAAAAACAAAUUGCAUAAUUUUGAACCUUAUAUGGCAACUAAUAAAUUAAAAUACUGUUCUAGAAAUUUACCACCACCAACCUUAGAAACAGAGUUGAUACUUCCAUCUUGUAGAUAGUAAAGAUUUAUUUUAACUUUGUCCAAUUAAAUUGUAUGGAACAUUUUAAGUGAAAAUUUGUGCUAUGUAAUUUUAUGAUUGUCUUUUUUCUUAAAUUUUAUUCUGAUAUUUUUUAAUAAAAAAAUGUAUAAAAAUGUUU